AUCAUCAUCAUCAUCAUCCCCACUCUUAUCUUAUCCCCUCUCUAAACACUUCACAUUCAGAGUCGUCUUAUACGUAACUUAUCACGGACAUCACACAUCGUUCGUAAGUAUAUGUAGUUUUAAUAUAUUAUUUUAAACAUAGUUUGGCUUUUAAACAUAAAAACGCAUAUUUAAAUAAUGUCCAGUAAACAAUAUGUUAAACUAAUCAUAUACACAUGUUACAGAUUUUUAUAAUCACAUAUUAUAUUAAUGCCACUUAGAACGAAACAAUUUGUAACAUUUUCCACAUUUCGCAAGUACUUGCAAUCAAAAAUGAACAAUGAAAGAUGUAUUAGCAUUCAUUCUGAUACACACACAGAGGUUUAUGAUAUUCCAAUGAACGUACUUAUCCGACCAAUUCCUCCAAUUGUCGAUGAAGAAAAGGUACAAAGCUUAAUGAAUACAUUGAACGACCCUGAAACAGUAUCAUUGGUACCGCCAAUCGAUGUUUUAUGGAUUAAAGGAAGCGAAGGCGGCGAUUAUUAUUACUCUUUUGGCGGAUGUCAUCGAUAUACAGCCCAUCAAAGACUUGGAAGACCAUUCAUAAGAGCGAAACUAAUACAAUCUACAAUAACGGACUUAAAAUCUUAUUUAGGCGGAUCUACCCCCAAUUUAAAAUAGCCGUAUUUGUAUGUGUUAUCUAUAAAUUCUAUACUGAUCUUUAUACUUUGUUCAGAUUAUAAGUACACUGUAUGUAAAAUUUUCGUAUUUUGUGCUACAUUUGUGUAAAAUGAAUCAAACUUUGAUAUGAUAAAAUAGUAAAUAAAAUAAACUAUAUAUGAUAAAAAGUUG